AAUCUCAGUCUUUCUGCUUCCUUUGCGAGUGGUUAGGUGGUGCCGGUUAGGCUCCACUAAUUUAUUGACUACAAUCAUUUUCAAUCUGCAAUCAUGGGUUUUGUGAAGGUUGUGAAGAGCAAGGCGUACUUCAAGCGGUUUCAGGUUAAAUUCCGCAGGCGUAGAGAGGGCAAGACUGACUACCAUGCUCGCAAGAGGCUGGUCAUCCAACCCAAGAACAAAUAUAAUGCCCCAAAAUACAGGAUCAUCGCUCGUAUCAGCAACCGCGAUGUGACUGCCCAGAUUGCUUAUGCCCGCAUUGAGGGCGACAUCGUGAUCAUGUCUGCCUACAGUCAUGAGCUGCCCAAGUAUGGAGUCAAGGUCGGCCUCACCAACUAUGCGGCUUGCUACUGCACUGGACUUCUCCUCGCCAGGCGGAUCCUGACAAAAUUCCACUUGGCGGAUAAGUACCCCGGGCAGACGGAGGUUGAUGGUGAGAUGUACUGCGUGGAGGAUAUCGAGAAAGGCCCUGGUGCCUUCAGAGCUCAUCUCGACGUGGGUUUGGCCCGCACCACCACCGGCGCUAAGGUCUUCGCUGUCAUGAAGGGCGCUGUUGAUGGAGGCAUUGAUGUUCCCCACAGCGAGAAGCGUUUCCCGGGAUUCGACGCCGAGACGAAGGAGUUCAACGCGAGUGUGUUGCGUGAUCACAUCAUGGGCACCCACGUGGCCAACUACAUGCGCCGGCUCAUGGAUGAGGAUGAGGACGCUUACAAGCGCCAGUUCUCCCGCUACACCAAACUCGGCAUCACAGCUGAUGAUAUGGAGGAAAUUUACAAGAAGGCUCACCAGAAAAUCAGAGAAGAUCCUGUCAGGGUUAAGAAGGAAAAGAAGACGUACGCGAAGCCCAAGCGCUUCAAUCCCAAGAGGCUGAGCCGCAAGCAGCGCCAGAAGAAGGUCACGACCGCCAAGAAGCAAUGGCUUGCCAGAAUCGAGAAGAACAAGGCGGCUGGCAAGACCCUGAAGAUCUAAUCUUCAUAAACUGGCCCAGAGAAA